AAAUUCUCUUUGAUGCCGUCGCUCGUGAAAAUUAACGUCUCUUUUGAGUCCUGCAGAAGUUUCAGCAAGAUAAGUUUCAUUUUGAGGACUUCCUGUCUACCGUGUUGGGAAAGACCACACCACGAAGGAUGUAAUUUAGAGCUUUGACUGAGCAACCCAAGCUUCCUCCUCAACCGUUUAACCCCCCCCCCCAAAAAACCCAGAUUACGGAAGGAAGUCGUAAAACACCCCAGCGAUGCCGGUCGAUUGCAGCCAUACCUAAGGCCUCCAGGAGCCCUAGAUGGAGGAGACAUUGUCUUGACCACACCAUGGAUGAAGAUGGGCUUGAAGCGAUGGAGGAAUUCGUAUCUGGGCCCUUGGUCACCUGGAUGCAGACGCUGGAGGAUCUGGUGGGCCGGAGCUUCAACCAACGUCCCCAGCGGGAAGAAGAGGCGAGCAAAUAUUUCCGAAAACUGGUUAAUGGAGAUUUCCUCCACCAAGUCAUGCAAAUGAUUGACUUGAUUCCUACUCCUUCUCCUUGGAGAGAUGAAGGCGGGGAGGAAGACAGCUUGCAGACGCUCCAACUCGUCCUUAAAAGGCUGCAGAAUUUCUACAGGGAUGAGCUCCACCAGGUGAUCCUUUCCUCACCUCCAAAUCUCCAUCUAAUGGUCAGACAGCCCUUCACAGUUCAGGCCGUUCAGGAGAUGAAGAAAUUGGUGCAGCUCUUGCUAGGAAGCGCCGUUCAGUGUGAAGAGCGAGAUGUGUUCAUUGGCCGAAUCCAGUCGCUGGACAUUAGCGUGCAAGCAGCUUUGGCUUCGGCGAUCAGAGAGGUUAGCCAGGAGCCGGAAAAUGUGCUGGGAUUGCAGUGGAGGGAGAUGGACCCAGCCAGCAUGCAGCAGCUCCUGUGGGAUCUUGGGGUCCGAGUUCAAAAGCUGGUUUCUGAGCGAGAUGCAGGAUUGGAGCAAUUGUGGGAGCUGCAGCAGAAAGAGGGACCCCCUUUAGCGGCCCAGCUGGAGAGUAACCAGUCCCACCUCGGGGUUCAGCUUGCCGAACGUCAAGCCCAAGUGCGGCGCUUACAAGGCGAGCUGGAGAUGAAGAUGGAGGAGCUGCUGGACCAGCAAGAGGAAUCAAGGAAUUUGGAGAAAGGGCUUCGAAAGUUGCAGCAAGAGAACCGCACGUUGGCGGGUGAAGCGCGCCAAGCCAGGCUAUACCAGGAUGAAUUGGAUGCCUUGCGAGAGAAGGCACUUCGGGCAGAGCGGCUUCAGUCGGAGCUGACGGCCCUGCGGGAAAGGAUGCCAGCUUUGGAACGAUGCCGGGCGCAGCUCAAGGAGGAGCGCGACUUCUCCAAGGCCCUGUUGGAAGCAAAAGCCACGAUGGAGGAAGAACUAGAUGCCGCUUACGCCCGGGGCCAGCGCCUGAGUCGAGCGGAGAAAGAAAACUUGAAUCUGCAAAACCACUUGAACCAAAUCCAAGAGGAACGGGAGCAGCUUUCUUACCGAUCGGAGGAGCUUCUGAGAGAGAAUUUGGUCCUGAAGAAGCAGCUGCAAGAAACUUUAAAGAAUUCCCGGACGGAAUCGUGCUCCGAAGAUUCUCACUGGGACGCAAAUGAAUUCCCUGAAGUUCCCCUUCUGCUGGUCUCGGAGAUGAAGGAGGCCAAUCGACUGCCAGCCUUAGAGAAGGAGAAUCGGGAACGUCGCAGGUCGAAAUCAAAGAAUAUAGAAGCAGAUCUGAAGAAGGCUAACCCUGAUGGGCUGCCAGAACGGCGGCCCAGCCAGGCCGAAGAGGAGAACCUGACAGACGCGCAAGAACACAAGCCAGGGAUUUUGACGCAUCGAAAGAGCCAAACAGCGGAAGGCCGGGCGCCCCCGCCGGAAUCCGAGACCUCGCUCGCUGAAACGAAGGCCACCUUGUCCAGAGCGCAGACUCAACUGCGGGAGGCUGAGCAGAAGCGGGAGGCGGAAUCCGGACAGGUGGCGAGUCUCCAGGAGAAACUGAGGCGCGUUCAAGAAGCCUACGCCGAAGCCCAGGAGGAGUGCGACCGGUGGCACUCGGAGACGGAGCGCCUGGUUGAAGAGAUCCAGGCUCUGGAGCAUAAGAAGGAGACUUUAAAAGCCGGAUCGCAGGUGUUGCAAGACGCGGCCACCCGGGCCGAGGUCCACCUAAGCCAGGCGCAGCAAAGUCUUCGCAAGGAACAUCUUCGAAGCACCCAGCUAGCCCAGAAACUCCAACAGAGAGAGGAAGAGUUGGGGGAAGCUCAGCAGGAGCUCCAGAACCUGCAACGGAGCUUAGAGCACCACAGGGUCUCCUUGGCCCAGCUGGGGGCUGAGAAAGGGGCUUUGGAAGAGGCGCUGGGCCAAGCGGAGAGCUGCCGGCGACAAGGGGACAAGGAGAGUUGGCGGCUGAAGGCCAAAAGCCAGGCACAAGAGGAGGCCCUGGCAGAGCAGGGCCGCCACCUGGCCCUCCUAGAGGCUCAAACGUGCCAGCAGGCAGCGGAACUCAACAGCCUACAAGAGGUUCUCCAAAGUCUUGGCCAGCUGGAACAGGAGAACGCGAGCUUGAGAAAGCGACUGGACGACCAGGAGAAAGUCGCCGCCUUGCUGGAACAGGAGCUGGUGAGAAAAAAGGCUGGGCCCUCCAGAGAGAAUCCGGACGAGCUCCAGGACCAGCCCUGGAAGAAGCAACAAAAUCCUCAGCCGGAGACCAGCACCAGGAACAGUCCCAAAGGCCAGCCCAAGAGCGCCCCCAUCGGGCAGUUCGAGGAACUGCACCUCCCCAAGGAACCGCCGGUUCAGCCUCAGAAUACGCUUCUCCAAGGUGAGGAUUCGGCGCUCACCGGGCGCCUGACCCAACUGGAGUCCCUGGCCAGCAGCCUGGAGACGGUGCUGCUGGGCCUGGCCCGGCAAAAGGCAGAAGGCAGAGAAGGAGACGGGCACCCACAACCUGGGAACAGCACGUCGCAGCGCUCUCUCCUGGCAAGGCAGUUGUCCGAGGUCCGGCAGAGGUCGGGCCGCCACGAGGCCGAAGUUCAGACGGUCCGGCUGGAGGCGGAGGCCUGGCGGAGACGCUAUGAGCACCUCCGCCUGGAUCACGACCGCUUGGCGCUGCUACAUCGACAGCAGGGAGAGGAGCUGGAGAGGACGCUAAGCGAGCAAGCUGGCCUCAAGGCUGCGCUGCGCGGCCUGGAGAAGGAGCAGCGGGAACUGGAGAGCAGGUGCAACCAAUUCUUGGGGCAGAAGAACAGCCUAGAGCUACAAGAGGUGGCACUGCAGGCCCAGAAGGAACGGCUUGAAGUAGCCAAGCAACAGCACCGGGAUUUGGCUGAGCAACACGCCAAUUUAAAAGAAGAACAUGAGCGGGUCAAACAAGCAUUGGUCCAGGCUGAACGGGCCCAGGAUGACCUCCAAGGUGAGCUUCAAGGAACACAGAACCGGCUGACCGGCUUGCAAUUGGAGCAGGCAAAGCUGGAAGCUGAAAACGCCGCCUUGAAAGAGCAGAACCAGCAGCUGGACACAGCCUUGGGGCGCCUGAGCACCCAAUGUGAGCUGCUCGUCCAGUUGAAGGGCAAACAGGAGGAAGAGAACCGGCAUCUGCUUCAGGAGAUCCAGCUGUUGAGCAGGGAGAACAGACAGCUGUUGGAACGCAGCAUGGAGAACCGAGAACAAUUUCAGGAGGAGCAGCGUCAGUACCACGACAAAUUAGGCGAAUUGCGUCGAGAGAAACAGAAACUGGUGGAGAAAAUUAUGGACCAAUACCGGGUGCUGGAGCCCACCAUUCCCCGGGGCAAGAAGAGUAACUGGAUUGCUGGCAAGAUAAGGAGGCUGAUGAAACUUCGCAGAGAGCAGCCGCGCCCCAUGGCGGAGGGAGCGGGCAGCAGCAGCGAGAGCCUGGCCGGACCAGAGGACCAUGGGCUUGAUAGUACAGCUUCCAGCGCUCCCAGCUCGCCGUUUCUCCUCCGCAAAGCCAGCAGCAACCUCAGCAUCCCGGAGAGCCAGCCGGUCCCCUUCUGCCAUUCCCGGCUGAGUUCCCGGAUGCCGGCGACAGAACCUUCGGGCGUCGGGGAUGAAGAGGGCCAGGAGGACACCCCCAGGCGGCGUUUCCGGCAACGCCGAUUGGGCGUGUUGUGGGGGGCCGCGGAAGACCCAGCGGCUUCUGCAGGAGAGUCGGAACCCCCAAGCCAAUUGUCCACAACCAGCGAGGAGAAGAGAGGACGGCCGCUGGGCGAGGAGGAUCAAACUUCAAAAUGUCUCUUGUGAUGUUUCUGGAGGAAAAACGGUCAGAAAAGACAGUCUCCCUUGUGUUCCCUUCCCACCUCUGAACAACAAAUGCAAAACCCACAACAAAAACCCACAAGCCGCCUUGGAAAGAUGCACAAGUCACCAAGGAAAGACUCACUUCCUGGAAGAUAUGGGAAAACCCUGCGCGAAAACAACAACCCAGGUCUUCUUCCGGUCUGGGCUGGUGCCAGACCAAGAGUAGCUGGAAUCUACUUGAUCCUUUUUUUUUUUUUGCAACUCACAACCAAACAAGCAAACCCUGGAGGACUUUCAACCCCCUUCUGAGACUUAUUAUUAUUAUUAUUUUUAGCUAAUUGGGUCUCCCUUCUUGUGGCGGGGAGUUUCAAAGUCCAGAGAUCAACCACCUUUUUUUUUUUUUUUUUUUUUUUGCGGGUCGGUGCAACUCUCGCCUAUGGCAAGAUGGAGGGAGGGGGCGAAUGAAUUUAAUAUGUAAAAAUGAAUAAAUAAAACGUUACAGUAAUAAGACACAAUGGACAUGCGAAGGCAAGGUAGCCCUUGAUUUGCGACCACAAUGGAGACAAGAAUUUAUGUUGGUAAGUGAGGUGGUUGUUGUGCCCGAUUUUGUGGCCUUUAUUGUGUUUUUUUUUUGGCCAUGGUUGAUGGUGGUGCUCCAUCACGGAAGCUUCCAAGAAGAGACUGGACAG